ACAAAACCAUUUAAUCCACUCCAACUGGAGGCUUCGUCUCGCGUUCGGACAUGGCGACCUGGCUCGCGAGAAUAAUCGUCUCAUCUCCGAAAUCAUGCUCUCUCUUUCAGAGAUCAUCGGCGGUGGUGGGCCGCGGUGGGUCCAUGCCUAGGCUGGCCUCUUCCUCCUCCUCUUCACCUUCGUCUUCGUCAUCGUCACCGUCUUCUUCUUCGUCAAGUAAAUCUCCCAAGGCAGAGAAGAAGCUCGUCGACCGUCUAUCGGCCGUAAUAGACGCCGUCAAUGACCGCAAACUACCUCCAGAACUUAGAGGCCAGCGCAACUCCGUCAGAUCAGAGACUGAUAUAAUAAAUGUUGUGGAGCAAAGAAUAUGGCACUCCAUGGAAGAAGGCCAGUUCGAGAACUUACCAGGGAAAGGAAAACCCCUUAACCUUAGUACGAAUCCUCAUGCCGACCCAGCUGAAGACACCUUGUAUAGAAUCCUCUCGAAGAAUGGCUGUGCACCGGAGUGGGUUGAACUUAACAAAGAGAUAAGGAGUCAAAUAUCUGAAUGGAGAUCGACAUUGAAGAAAGCUUGGGCAAAUAGAUGCAAUGGAGAUCACUCCACUUGGAUUGAGAGUUCAGAAGCUUUAAAAGCGCAAUUGCGAGAUAUCAAUAAUAAGGUGAGUCAUUAUGAACCCUCUUGUGUGUGUGCGAGCCAAUCCUUAAGAGAGAGUGGACUCAAGCUCUGAUUCUGAAAACUCUACUAGGAACAGGAGGCCAACUUCUUCUAGUACACAAGUUUUCCGGUAUAAUCUUAUUGUUCCUUUUGGCCGCCAAAUGUUUGGACUAAAGUGGGAGAAAGAGAUGGAUCGCGUAAAAGAAUGAUAUCUCUUCAAUGCCACUUUGGAUGAAGUGGGAGGACAGGAUUCACUUGGAGGGAGGAAUGCUAGCUAUCGCUCCACUUCUAGCUUGAAAUAUACACGCAGCUACUUGUAAAAGAAAAUUUAUUAUAUUGUUACCAAUUUUACGUCGUUCCUUGUUUCUAGAGGAGCUGGAUGUUUGUUCCUGCCCAACACGGUUCAAUUAAUAUACAUAGACGUGUGUAAUUUCACUA